AUGCCGAUCCCCUCGCGCCCGGGAUGGGUCAUGCCAGGAUCGAUGUGGAUAGUCAGCGCCGUGCUGAAAGGUGGCCCGCGGGCGUGGCCCGGCGACCCGCCCGCGUACCCGCGCUACCCGGGCCGCCUGGUGCACGUGCUGAACGGCACCUGGGACUUCUCGAUGGCGGUGCUGCUGCCGGGGCCGCCCUCCUGGGAGCCCGUGGAGGUCCCGGACGCCUUCGACCUGCGGCCCGACCGCCCCCGGUGCGAGGAGUGCUGGCCGGGCGACCCGGCGCGGUGCGGGCGCUGCUGCGACCGCUCCCGGGGCUUCCACGGCGACCCCACCUGCUGGGACGACGAGCUCUCGUUCGAGGGCGGCGUGUGGGCUUUCCGCGAGGCGGAGCCGGGCUCACGGGGCUUCCGGUACUGCUGUGGGCAGGACCCGCUCCGGGCCCGGCGCGGGGUGGCGGCGUACCGGGCCGAGGUGCCCUCGCGGGGGGGGGCGGCCGCGGUGCUGCACUUCGGGGGCUGCGCGAUGCGCUGCCUGGUGGCGGUGGAUGGCCAGCUGCUCGAGGACCACGCCGGGCUGUCCCCGUUCUGGGUGGACGUGCCCCCUGGGCGCGCGGGCCGAAGCCGCGAGGUGCUGGUGCUCGCGGACAACCGCUUCAACUCCACGACGCACCCCGUCCAUCCCUGA